CACCAUCACACGUAGGGUUUCAGUCUCCACAGCAUCACGUUCAUCACCACAGAGUAGAACUGGAAUACCUGGAAUACGGGGAAAACGCAAAGUGUUUUGUCUUUUUUUACGCGAAAUGCGUGCAUAACGAACCAGAAAGGCUGCACAUCCUGACUUAAUCUUUCAACCCGACGCAUCCGAGUUCAGAUCAACCACGGAUGGACCUGGCGUCUUUCCGCUGAACGUCAUCCGUGAGGGGAGCCUGGGUGGGGACCGCGAUGGUAGAGCGGUCGGACCGAGCGCCUCUCCUGGACUGGGAAGAGGUUCCCCCCGCGGAGAAGCCGGAUGAGGCGGGGGACGACAGCGAGAAGCCCCCGGCGAGCCCCUCCAGCAGCCGGGCGCUGGGCUGCAGCGCCCCGGGUUUUGGGUGGAGCACCAGUCCGGGGGGUCCCAAGUCCGUCUGCAUCGACACAGGCGGCGGCGGCAGCGCCCUGUCCGCGACCUCCAUCACCCCGGCGGCCCCGGACGCCCCGCUGUGCCCGGACACGGACGACCCUCCCUCGGACUCCACGCCCGAGGAGCUGUCGCUGGAGAGCAGGAUGGUGAAGUGGGAGGAGAAGGACCAGAUCGUGUCCGUCUUUGUGGUGGCAUUUAACACCAGAUCAGGUAACAUGCUGGAGUGGUGCCUCCCCCGGGACAUGGACCUGGACGGCGUGGAGUUCAAAGCCAUCGCCAGCGGAUCCCACAGGGUGUCCACCGACUUCAUUUACUUCCGGAAGGGGAGCUACUUCGGCCUGGCGUGUUUCGCCAACAUGGCGGUGGAGAGCGCGGUGGAGCGCGGCGCCAGGAUGAAGUCUGUGGGCAUCCUGUCCCCCUCCUACACCCUGCUGUACCGCUACAUGAGCUUCCUGGAGCACCAAGUCAGGCUGCAGCUGCAGGCCCCCGGCCACUACUCCCCCCUGGAGGCCUUCUACGAGGACAAGAGGGCCCUGCUGCCCCCUGGUGGUGAGAGGGUGGUCACUGUGAGCCCGGCCCACACCUGGAGCACCACGCUCAGCCACAGCAUGCACCCCGAGAUGAAGAUCACCCACCCGGCGGGCUGCAUGUCCCAGUUCACCCGCUUCUUCGGAGAGCAGAUCAUGGUGAUAUGGAAGCUGGCGCUCCUCCGCAGACGCAUCCUGAUCUUCUCGCCGCCGCCGGUGGGCGUGGUCUGCUACCGAGUGUACUGCUGCUGUUGCCUUGCCAACAUCUCCAUCCCCGGAGUGGGCGUGGCCGUCCCGGAGUUCCGCCCCUUCUUCUACGUCAACGUGGCUGACAUCAGCGCCCUGGAGAACGAGCUGGCCUACGUAGCAUGCACGACUGAGAAGAUCUUCGAGGAGAAGAAGGACCUGUACGACGUGUACGUGGACAACCAGAACGUCAAGACGUACCGCGAGGGUCUGAAGCCCCUGCUGCGGCUCAGCGCCGCCGACAAGGACAAGUACCGCCGGCUCACCGAGCAGAGGCAGAUGCUGUUGUACUCUCAGGAGGUGAACGGAGACGCGAUCUCAAGUGAAGAAGAUCUCUUCAUACUGUUCUUCUUGGAGCAGAACAACCGGAUCUUCCAGACCCUGAGCGAGGUGGCGGGCAGCCCGGACCCCACCCUGACCCACGAGAGCGUGCGAGCCAUGGGCCUGGACCCCCACGGAGACCGGCUCUUCCUGCUCCACCUGCUGGAGAUCUACGGCUACGACACCCUGCUGCUCUCAGACCAGCUCUGCUGCAGCUGAGGCGACGGACCCCCCGGCCGUCACGCCCCGAUCGCCUCCUGUCUUUAACCGGUGGGGCGGGGUCAGAAGGUCACCUCCUGGAACUCUGUGCCUGCCCCACAGCGCCCCCUGCUGUGCGUUUCUCCUCUUGGUGGCUGUGGGACAGACACCAAACUUUGUUAUGGACCCUCAGGGUCACGUCUGUACUCCGACAGCACCCUUGGAUGUUCUGAUCGGUCCGAAAUACGGAAGCUACUUACGAUGUCUGGUCGCCUUGACAACAAUGACAGACACGUUGUCGUUUGGCAAGGAGGGGUCAUCAUAGGACGUAGGUUUUAAAAACAAACGCUGCAGACCAGUAGGCCUCCUAGAGCAAUACAUCCUCCUCCUUAGCUACUGAGUGCAAGGCAGAGGUCUGGAUUAAAGUGCUGAAUGUUGAUAUCCCCCCCCCCACCCCCUUAUCCAGAUCCCUCUCUUAAGGGGUCAGCGUCUCAAACUGAGAGAAGGUCAAAGGUUUGUCCAAGAGGGAAGUUACCUGGAAAACGGUCAGGUGAUAAUAGGAAGAAAAUACCCAUGUGCAGAAUUUAUCAAGGUUUGAUGAAAUACGAUAUACGGCACUUUGUAAAUGAAUGGCCAAUAGGCCUGAUUUCUAAUCGAUGUACAGUCCAGUGUGAACGCAUGCGUUUGUUUUGGGAUCGGGCAGGCGGCCAUCAUCGUGUGUCAAAUCAUUAAGAGUUGGGUGGUCUACCGGCUCGGUGUAAAUAUCGUUUAAAAGAUUUCAUAGAGUUUGACAUAAAAGUUACAAAUUUAAGUCAACACACUGUAAAUUCACCAGCCAAUCAGCUUGUAGUCUUUGGCGUCUGUGGCCGCGCUUUGAAUAUGAAACGCAGGGAGAGAAUCUGUAUAAAAUAAGAGCUUUUUAGUGGUGGAACGUUAGCAUUAGCCAUACACACUGGAGCGCACACAUUCACUGGUAUAUAACAAACUAGUAUUUGGAUGCAUUUGUUUGAGUUCUAGUAUUUAAAUAGAAGAUUAAGAUAUUGGGCUUGGUUUCCAAGGGCAACACAGUCCGUUGUAGUCCACUUUAAGAGAAGAAAAUAAUAAUUUAGUGCGUUGUUGACAUCCUGUGAAUCCUGGGAGUGACGAUCAUAAAAAAAGAAACGGUGACUGAUGCACACAUUAAAUAGAAAGUAAAUGUUAAGAACCCAUUCAACUACUGAAAGAUGUGUCUGGAAGUUCUGAGCACGUCUGCUAAGCUGGCGUCCUUGUGGCUGGAAAACAGCCAAAGCCAUAAUUAUGUCCUUUUCAAAAUGUGACUUUUCUUAUCAUGCACUACAUGGCAGGACUGAAGUUUUAGAAACCAGUUGUCGGUAUUUGACCUUCGGGUUUCAAGGUCAACUGAACUCUGACCUCACUUUCUUUCCCUCCAAACUGUCAUUCGAUAUUUUUUAAAUGUUGGUUUUGUUUUGUUUACGCAAGAUAUUUAUGUAUUUUGUUUUGUACAAGCCGUUAUGAAUAGUCGUCAGGUGUAGAUACUCUAAUGCUGUAAUGUCUACAUGUGAAGUUACGGGAUCAGAAUCCGGUUUUGUGGUUCCGGUUUCGUGCGGCUCUUGAAUCACUGAACGUACUGUUCUUCGUUUUUUGUAAAUGCUUGAUCUAGUAUCACAUCGUCUCACUACAAUCUAUAAACACUAAGCUGAGGUCCAUGCUAUAAGCUAAGGUCGUGAUGGACCAAUAAACAGCCCUCUUGUUAAAAAUCAA